AGAGCCGCCUGGGCCGCGCCGGCGCCGAGCCGCAGCCGCAGCCGCGGGAUGGGCCUGAGCCCGGCCGCCCCCGGGAAGAGUAGGCUCCGCCUCUCCCGCUCCCCCGGACCCCGCCCCAAACCCGCGUCCGGAGCCGCAAAAAUAGCCUCUCAAGCGUUGGUCCAGCUCUCUCCCAAGCACCUGCAGCAGGGAACCUCAGAACUGGACAGAAGCGUCCAGGAGGGGGAGGAGCCCGGAGUUAACUUGGAGACCACACCCAGCCAGAAAAGAGCAGAGUCACAUUCAACCCCGAAGCCUGAGAGCACAAGCAAGUUAGCAAAGCAAGCCGCCAAGAGCAAACCAAGACCCAGACCUGGAGACCUGAUUGAGAUUUUUCGCAUCGGCUAUGAGCACUGGGCCAUCUACGUGGAAGACGACUGUGUGGUCCAUCUGGCUCCCCCGAGUGAGGAAUUUGAGGCCGGCAGUAUCAGUUCCAUCUUCAUCAACCGGGCCGUGGUGAAAUACAGUCGCCUGGAGGACGUGCUGCACGGCUGCUCUUGGAAGAUCAACAACAAGCUGGAUGGGACGUACCUGCCCCUGCCCGUGGACAAGAUCGUCCGGCGCACGAAGAAGAUGAUCAACAAGACGGUGCAGUACAGCCUGAUUGAUGGGAACUGUGAGCACUUCGUCAACAACCUCAGAUACGGUGUGCCCAGGAGCCAGCAGGUGGAACACGCCCUGAUGGAAGGAGCGAAAGCUGCCGGUGUGGUUAUUUCGGCUGUGGUGGACAGCAUAAGGCCCAAGCCUGGCCCCGUCUGAAGAUGCUGGAAAUUCCAGGCAGAGGAAGAACGGCUGCCACCAGCAAGGACAGUCACAGCCCCUUUCCUCCCCUUGCCUUCUCUCGCCAGAGCUCCUCCCGAGAAAAUCGGGAGCUUCUGGAGGAAUCUCGAGUGUAUCCAAUUACCCCUCCAGAAAUACAUCCAAUAUAUGUGAUCAUAGAUCCAUGGACUCUCGGGGUGAGAAGAACCGAAUAUUUAUUAUGCCUCCCCUAGGCGCCAGGCACCGUGCUAGGCAUCAUUUCAUAUACUCGUUUCAUUUUA